AGUGGUAUGGUUUAGAUUAGACGUGUUACACUAGGGGAGUUGGUUGGAUAUUUUGUUCGGUCGAUUUUGUAUCAACGUCUGCAUCAAAAUGUGGUUCAUGUGGCUUCUGUCCUUCGUGUCUAUGGCCAUACAGAUGGUCUUCAUCACCCUGGCCAUCGCUGCAGGUCUGUACUACCUUGCUGAGCUGGUGGAAGAAUACACGGUGCUGACGGCAAAAGUCAUCAAAGUCAUGAUCAUGGCUACAACUGGUGUGUUUAUCGGGCUGUGGCUGUUUGAAGGCAUGCCCUUCACGAUGAUUGGCUGUGGACUUGUAAGCAACGCCGUCUUCGUUGUGCUACUGGGAACAUUCCCUUUCUUCAGUUUCUCUUCGCCAAGUUUCAUCCUAGGAGUCGUGCUGGUGGUGGUGAAUCAUUACUUGGCCUUCAAUUACUUUGCGACAGAGUGGCAUCCCUUUUCAGAAGUCCUGGGCUAUUUCACAGUAUGUUUGUGGCUGGUACCGUUCGCCUUCUUCGUGUCCCUGUCAGCAUCUGAACUCACCCUCCCCACCGUCAACCAGCAACAACAGGGACAACAGAGCCAGUAUCAAACUUUCGACAACAAAGAUGAUGUUGUCACCAGUUACUUCACCAAAGGUAGAAGAAGCAAGAGGUCUGGACUCUUGUCUCUCUUUGAGUAUGCCAAAGACUCUGUUCUGCCGACUCGAGCAAAGACAUUCUAAGACUCUGCAAAAAGAAAGUCGCGUAUCUCAAGUGUUUCAAGAUUGUAGAAGAUGUGGAGUCUUCUUGGCAGCGUGAUCUUCGUGGAAAAACACACUUUGUUCUCCAACAAAUGAUUUUUUAUUCCACUUUGAUAGCAGCAAAUUGUGAUGAGUAUGGGUGGGUACCAGUACAGAAAAUAGGUACAAGUCCUGUUCAGAUCCAGAGGGUCAGGUCCAGGUCUAGGAAAUGAACCUGGACCUGAUUGUCUAAAAACAUGGGGUUGGCUUUGACAUUUGUCUAUUGGGAAUGAAAACUUUGGGGUGUACUGAAAGUGGAUGUCUCAAUUGAGCUGAUUGUCAUCAUGUGGACAAAAUCACUGUCGUUAAAUCAAGUUUGACCGAAGAAACUUGGUAGAGCUGACUCCUUUUUUUUUUUUUUGCCUGUUGAAACGCUUAAACCUCUGCCGAUAUGAUCGGUUCAUUUUCUAUUCGGUCCAAAAACUGCUCCACUGAUUUUUUCAGGUCUGUUUUGUUCGGACCGUUCAAACAAGAAAAGCGGUUUUGUACCAGUACUGGUACUAACCCCUAGUAUUGAGUGAAGCAUUGCUUGUUUUGCUGGAUUUGAGGGAAACAUUUAUGUCAGGUUUCUCAACAGAAUUUAUUCACAGCAUAAGGGAAUCUUAGUGCUACAUUUCAGCAAUGUGCUAAGUGAAACAGGCGUUAGCAAUUUAGGGGUCUUGAACCUCCUCUAGACCUGAAAUGUUUAAAUUUAUAACCCUCAAAAACACUAUAACCUGCAUUUUGAGACUGAAUUUAGUAAAAUAAACUAUUCUUUACCUUUGUUGCCAAGCAACGGAAAGGCCCCUAUUUGUUGGUUAGAACACAGCGUAAGGGCCCAAAUCACAGCAUAUGGGCCCAAAUCACAGCGAAAGGGUCCCAAAUCACAGCAUAGAGGGAACCUGCAUUGUAAAGGCCAUGCAAGAACACUAUUGAAUGUGAUAAUGCUGUGUACAUGUAGCAACAAUUGUAAACAUAACACUAGGUACAGAGCUCUUUGUAUGACAGGUCUGGACCUGUAUCUGUACCUGAACAUUUUGACAAAUAUAGAAAAGUAACCUGUGGUCUUUGAUGAUUGACAGAAUCAUAACUAAACAGUCAACAGAAUGUUUAGGCUUAAGCUAUCUCGUGCAGAGAACCUAUUUUGGCAUGAAGGCUGUAUAACAAAGGUGCACUGAUUUCAACUCCUGUACAAUGUUGUCACUCUGUAUUCAGUGUAAGAUUUUCUUCUCUGCAGUAGGAACAGCGCAUGUUUAGGCACAUGGUACAAGUAAGUACAUACAUGUACUGUAAAUGCAGAAAUUUUCGCGGUGGCUUUAUGUUCUCGGUCGUCGCGUUGCAAAUUUACUGCGAACUUAGAACUGCCGCGAACAUUUUUCCAUGGCAGUAAGACACUACAGUGCAUGGUGCUAUACCGUGAACUUAAAACCACUGCGAAUAGUCCUUUUUUCCCGCUACCGUUGAAUUAAAUCCCCGCAAACCUAAAUGCAUGUACAGUACUUGAGUGUAAUGGGAACAGAACUGCUUAGUAAUGCGUACCUAAACAUGAUAUCACAUACAGGUAUA